AUGCCGAAACUUGAAGAAAAACCAAGAAUUUACUUGGAAGAGUACCGCUUAAAGAAUGCUGCAAAUGAUUAUGGAAUGGCAGAUGAAAAGUGGAAUUUUAAAAAAUUUACCAAGAAAUUCCGAAUAGUCAUUGUGAGAAUGGAUAAUUUUGAAAUGGAAUUUGAUUUGAUUGGUAUACAACCAGCCUUUGCCAAUGCUUUUAGAAGAUUGAUGUUGAGUGAAGUUCCUAGUAUGGCUAUUGAAAAGGUUAUGAUAAGUAAUAAUACAUCUAUAAUACAAGAUGAAGUACUAGCCCACAGGUUAGGACUGAUUCCUCUUAAAGCAGAUCCCAGGUUAUUUGAAUAUCGUCCUGAAGAAACUGGACCUAGAGACACACCGAAUGUGAGCAGUUUGCAUAUCGAGAAAAUUCCGACGAGUUACCUUCCUGGCAGGAUAUCCAAGAUGAAUGACAAUCACUCAUCGAUG